AUGACGCAAACCGCCCACCUCUCCAACGGCACCAACGGUGUCGCCAACGGCACCAACGGUGUCGCCAACGGCACCAAUGGCGCGAACGGAAGCAACGGCGUCGCGCAAGCCGCCAGCGGCGUAGCGGAUAGCAUCGCCAACGGCUUUUCCGACUUCGCCAACAGCGUCGCCAACGGCGUAUCCAACGUCGCCAACAACAACAAGCCCCGCGCCAACAGCCUCACGGCCGACGGCAGCAUCGUAAUAUCGGCAGCCGACCGCACCUGGUGGAAAGAAGCCGUGAUUUACCAAAUCUACCCUUCCUCGUUUUGCGACACCGACGGCGACGGCAUCGGCAACAUCAACGGCGUGACGUCCAAGCUCGACUACCUCAAGGAGCUGGGCGUCGACGUGGUGUGGCUGACGCCCAUCUACGAGAGCCCGCAAAAGGACAUGGGCUACGACAUCUCCAACUACCGCGCCAUCCACAAGCCCUACGGCACCAUGGAAGACGUGGAGAACCUCAUCGCCGAGCUUAAGAAGCGCGAGAUGCGCCUCAUCAUGGACCUCGUCGUCAACCACACCUCGGACCAGCACCCCUUCUUCGUCGAGUCCCGCUCCUCCACCGACAACCCCAAGCGCGACUGGUACAUUUGGCGCAAGCCCCGCUACGACGCCCAGGGCACCACCCAGCAGUACUACCUCUCCCUCUUCACCCCGUUCCAGCCCGAUCUCAACUGGGAGAACCCCGCCGUGCGCCGCGGCGUGCACGACAUCCUGCGCUUCUGGAUCGACAAGGGCGUCGGCGGCUUCCGCAUGGACGUCAUCAACCUCAUCUCCAAGAACCAGGAUUUCGCCGACGCCGACAUCGUCUACCCCGCCCGCCCUUACCAGUGCGGCAGCAAGCACUUCGCCACGGGGCCUCGCCUCACCGAGUACCUGCAGGAGAUGAAGCGCGAGGUCCUGUCCAAGCACGACCUGCUCACCGUGGGCGAGAUGCCCUUCAUCAAGGACGAGAACCAGAUUCUCGAAAUCGUCAAGGCCGAGGAGGGCUCCUAA